AAACAAAACCAUGACAGUAUUAUCACUUAAUUUUGCUUCUGCCAUUUAAAUGGACUCUUUUCCAACAUAAAGUUACUUCAACACGAAGAAAAUAAACUCUCUUGGUAUUUUCUCUUCAGGUGACAAGGCAACUGUUUGAGCCACUGGUUAUGCAGCUGAUUCACUGGUUCACUAACAAUAAGAAAUUUGAAAGCCAGGAUACUGUUGCCUUACUAGAAACGAUAUUGGAUGGAAUUGUGGACCCCAUUGACAGUACUUUGAGAGACUUUUGUGGUCGGUGUAUCCGAGAAUUCCUCAGAUGGUCCAUUAAACAGACAACACCACAGCAGCAGGAGAAAAGUUCAGUAAACACCAAAUCACUUUUCAAGCGACUGUACAGCUUUGCACUUCACCCCAAUGCUUUCAAGAGGCUAGGAGCAUCACUUGCUUUUAAUAAUAUCUACAGGGAAUUCAGGGAAGAAGAGUCUCUGGUAGAACAGUUCGUGUUUGAAACCUUGGUUACAUAUAUGGAAAGUCUGGCCUUAGCACAUAUGGAUGAGAAAUCCUUAGGUAGGUCUCAUCCGAGCGUCUCUGUGCAUGCCGAUUCUGUUUGCCUGAUAAAUUUUAAGGGCUUUUCACUCAGGGAUUAAGCCUCAGCUGCUACUGUCACAGAGUGGUGUGCUUUUCUCACGUCUCCCAUUUAAGGUGAUACAUGUGAAGGGGAUAUAUGCCCCUCCAGUGCCUCAGUUCCAGUUCGUAAAAGCGUUUGCCAUGCCCUCCUUCUCUAAGAGUCACCAUGUACCCCUGGUGGCCACU